AUGUCACGAACUCACAAUGGCCCCUCUCAACCCGAACUGAGUGAUAUCGAUGCUGCGGCGGCGAUUGUCCCAAGAGUCGCCGAUGAAAUCGCCGGGCCUGCGCUUGUGGUCCAACUCGCCACCCGCAAACUUUCAAGCUCUCCCAUGACUAAGCGCAGCUGUUCUGCCGCAGUUUCACGGUCGUUGCUCCGAUUAUUAUCCCAACUUGCGUCUGGCUCGGGUGGCGUCUUGGGUACACUUCACUAUCUUGUGAACGCAGCAUUUACUUCAUAA